AUGCCGUGUAAACCUAUCAACGGCUACCCACGGAGAGGAAGAGGAGUCAGAUGUCACCGCUGUCAGCACUGUGGCAAAUCCUUCACAACAUCAGGAUAUGUAAAGAUUCAUCAGAGAGUUCACACUGGAGAGAAGCCUUACAGCUGUGAUCAAUGUGGGGCAGCUUUCAUACUACAGAGUGUCCUGAAAAGACAUCAACGUAUUCACACGGGAGAGAAGCCGUACAGCUGUGAUCAAUGUGGGGCAGCUUUCACACUACAGAGUCACCUAAAAAAUCAUCAACGUAUUCACACUGGAGAGAAACCUUACAGCUGUGAUCAAUGUGGGGCAGCUUUCACAGUCCUGACUUACCUAAAAACACAUAAACGCAUUCACACUGGAGAGAAGCCGUACAGCUGUGAUCAAUGUGGGGCAGCUUUCACACAACAGAGUGCCCUGACAAGACAUCAACGCAUUCACACGCUAGAGAAGCCGUACAGCUGUGAUCAAUGUGGGGAAACUUUUUCCCGUGGUUAUGCCCUUAAAGCUCACCAGCGCAUUCACACUAGAGAGAAACCCUACAGCUGUGAACAGUGUGGGGAAACCUUUUCUCAGAGUAGUUGCCUUAAAAAACACCAGCGCAUUCACACUGGAGAGAAGCCGUACUGGUGUGAACAAUGUGGGGGAACUUUUUCUCAGAGUUGUGACCUUAUAAUACACCAACGCAUUCACACUGGAGAGAAGCCUUACACCUGUGAACAAUGUGGGGAAACCUUUUCUCGUAGUGGUAACCUUAAAACUCACCAGCGCAUUCACACUGGAGAGAAGCCGUACUGGUGUGAUCAAUGUGGGAAAACGUUUUGCCGCUGA